UUUGCCUUAGAUUUGAAAUACUAAUUAUCAAUAUAUGUUUACAUUGAAUAGUAUGUAAACGAUACAUGAUCAUAGUUUGUUAUGGUUUUUAUGUGGAUGGAUUUUUCUUUUAAUAUCAAACAAAAAUUUAAGAAAAUCUGAACAAAUAUCAGUACAUAUGAAUCUAAAUUCUAAAUUAUUGUAAUGUUUGUUUUCAAAUUUUUUCGAAGCUCGUAUCGUAUAGUAAGAUAAAUAAUACGAAAAGACGGAUAAUUUUAGUAAGCAAUAAAUUGACAACUACAUUGAUUUUCUAGAAGUUAAGGUUAUUGAUUUAUACUCGCGCGAAACUCAUUCAUUGGUGGCUAAAGUAGUACAGACAACAAAUAUGGAUGACUUUGAUAGAUAUAUAAAGUCAAACUACUGCAGUUUACCAUUGAGUCAAAUGAACAAACAUCUCAGCUCUUCUAAUUUCGAAGGUGGAAAGCGAGCUAUUAUUAUACAUUAUCAAUAUAUGACACCACCAUCAAUAGAAUCUGGUAGAUGGACGCCACAGUAUGAACAUGAAAAGCAAAUUCUGCGUUGUUGUAUAACUGAUGGUACUACUGAGCAGUUUUAUGGCAAAUCAAUAAUAGUUUAUCGCUUAAGAACAGAUAUUGAAUUUGAACCAAAACACUUGAUGGAUGAAACAUAUUAUGCAUAUGCAGAAGUUGAUCUUACUUCACAAAGUCCUAUUGCUGCGAUAUCAGAUUUAAUUUCACGAUUAAAUGAACCAGCAAUAAAAGCUAAUGUACAAUGGGGUGAAUUGUCCAAGACAGAAAGAGGUUUUAUAACGGCAAAAAAUUUUAUACAUGAUUUUAGCGAUUUCUGCGAAUUUCUUAAUACGAUAAAUAUUGAUCUUCAAGGUAUUGUAAAUUUCGAAAUUAAUUGGGAUCUUUAUAAUAAAUAUUUGACAACACAACAAAAUGUAGAACUAAAUGCAAAAAAUCGUGAAGUUGUUGAAACAGGAGAAAGGAAUGUUCAAAUUUGGAUGAAAACGAUGGAACGAGCAAUUGUGGAAAGUCAGCAAUUACGGAGAGAAACUGAAGUAAUUGGACCUACGGGUGAACUUGCUUACUGGAGACGAUUACUUAUCCGUUUUUCAUCAAUUAUAGAAUGUAUUAAAUCACCAUAUACUCAAGCAUUUAUUGAAUUAUUGAUUCGUUCAAAUUCCAAAUUGAUGAAAAAAUGGAAGAAAUUGAUCAACCAUGUUAUAACAGUGCAAAUAUUAGCUCAGGACAAUGUAACUUAUUUAUAUGCUUUAGAAAAAUUUACUAAACCAUUAUAUAGAUUAGAUCCAACUAAAAUAGGAAAAUAUUUACCUGCACUUAUGUAUGUUGUACGUAUGGUCUAUGCUACAUCAAGAUUUUUUAAUACAAGAAGAAUGAUAACAGCUGUAUUUGUAAAGAUGACAAACCAAAUGAUAUUAGCUUGUAAAGGAUAUUUAACAUAUGAUGGUACAUUACAGAUUUGGCAUGAUUCUAAAUCUAGCAUUAUAUCUAGAAUAAAAGAUUGUAUUGCUCUUUACACGCAAUAUUAUGAAUAUUAUGAUGAAAUGUGUAAAAAAGUAAAAGAAUGUGCUGAUGAAAAACCAUUUGAAGUAUCAGAUAUGUAUGUUUUUGGAAAAUUUAAGACUUUCAAAAAAAGAUUAAUAAAAAUCAUGGAUGUAUUUGAAAUUACUUUAACAUACUCCAUUCUCCAAAGUUCUACUCUAGAGGGAAUAGAUGCAUUCAAUGCUAAAUUUAUAAGUUUUUUUAAUAGAAUUUCCUCAAAAAACUACGAUCCUUUAGAUCAUAGAAAACCAUAUUUCAAUUCGGAUUAUGAUGAGUUUAAGAAUGAUGUAGCAAAAACUGAAAUUGAACUUAGAACAUUUUUUUAUGAUACUGUAUCUGUAACAACAAAUAUUGAAACAGCUUUGAUUAUAGUAGCGAGAUUUCAGAAAUUAAAUUUAAAAUGUUUAAGAAUUGAUAGGAAAUAUUUAGAACUUACAAACGUAUAUCAAAAUGAAAUAGAGGAAAUGCGAGAUAGAUAUAACGAGGACAGAUCUUCUCCACCGAUACCGCGUAAUAUACCAUCUAUUGCUGGUAGAAUAUUUUGGAUACGACAAUUAUAUAGACGUAUUGAAGGGCCAAUGAAUGUGUUUAAGACUCGUAAACGCGUUAUCACUCAUGAAUACAUGCAAAAGUGUAUCAAAUUAUAUAAUGCUAUAAUCAGUGUUUUUAUACAUUAUGAAAUAAUAUAUCAUAAAUCAUGGUAUGACUCUUGUGAGAUUGUUCGAUUAGCUUUAUCAGCUCCAUUGUUUGUACGCCAUCCAAAAACAAAUAAAUACUGUUUAAAUUUUGAUCGUUUUAUUUUGGAGGUAAUACGAGAAUCUGAACAUAUGUCUAGAUUUGGAUUGGAAGUACCUGAUUUUAUACAAAUUAUAACAAUUUGUAAAGAAAAGAUUUUUUCUUCAUAUAAUGAAGUCAAAAAUUUACUUGAAGAAAAUGAUGCAUUAAGUUAUUUUACUGUGAUUUUCAGACGAUCUAUACCAAUUAUAUUCUUGAAUUUAAUAAAAAUUGCAUUGGUCGAUCUUGAAGUUGCUUUCCAACCAUGUUUAUCAGUUAUUUCUUGGGCAUCCUUGAAAAUAUCAAAUACUUGUGAAAAUAUUAAAGUAAAACUUCUGGAAUUACAGAAUUUUGUUAAGGAAAUAAAAGAUAUGAAAGAAACAAGAGUAGAUGAAAUGCUGGAAUUAAUAAGUAGCACAACAUUAUUAAAAAUUAAUAAUUAUCCAAAAACACCAGCUGAAUUUUUAACAGAUAAUAUACAUUUUAUUAAUAUUGUUGCUAAUGAUUUGGAAGUUAAGUCAUCAAUGGCUGAACAAGUUGUUAUAAAAAUUAUCAAUAAAUUUAUGGAUCUUAUUACGGAUCCUAAUUUUCAAGAUAUUAAAUAUGAUUGGAUGGAUCCUGAACAAUUGACUAAACCAGUUGGAUCCGCUACAAAAUUAAUUAGUGGACCAUAUGAAACAGGAAAAUUGAAGCUUGCCUUUUCAGUAGAAGCAAGUGCAUGGAAAAAAUUACUAGGAUCUGCAUUGUCCAUUAAUUAUAAAAAUAAAUUGAUGAAGAUCAGUGAAUAUAUUAAUGAAAAAAAUAAAGUUCUUCUUAGACCAAUAAAAGAUUUAGAGGAUGUACGUAUUGCCAUGAAAUGUUUGAGUAUUAUACGAGAUGAUUUUAUAACUUUUGAUAUGGAAUUGAUUUUAAUUGAAGAAACUUAUACUUUGAUGGGACAUUUUAAUAUUGAUAUAUUGAAAGAAGAACAAGAUAUAGUUGAUAGUUUACGUUUCAAUUUUAACAAUAUGUUGGAUAUGGCAAAGAAAGUUCAAGAAACUAUAUGUGAGAUGCAAGAGCCAUUGAAAAAAGAAUUAAUAGAAGGUGUUGCAAUUCUUAUAGAAGAUGUUGCACAAUUUGAUGUGGACUUUGAAUUAGAAGGUCCUAUGAUUGAAGGAAUACCAGCUGCAGAAGCUAGUGAAAGAGUUGUAGCAUUUCAAGCACGUUUUGACGAGUUAUGGGAUAGAUAUGAAACUUAUAGUAGCGGUGAAACUUUAUUUGGAAUACCCGUAAGAGAGUAUCCUGAAUUACAGCACAGGAAAAGAGAACUUAAUUUGUUACAAAAAUUAUAUUCAUUAUAUGCACAAGUUAUACGAACAAUAGAUAGUUACUACAGUAUAGCUUGGUCUGAUAUUGACAUUGAAUCUAUUGUAGCUGAAUUAACAGAAUUUCAAAAUAAGUGUCGGAGAUUACCUAAAGCUAUGAGGGAAUGGCCUGCUUAUAUUGAUUUAAAGAAAAAAAUCGAUGAUUUUAGUGAGACAUGCCCAUUACUUGAAAUGAUGGCAAAUAAGGCUAUGAAAGCUCGGCAUUGGGAACGGAUGUCCAAGUUAUGUCAUUUCUUCUUUGAUGUAGAAUCUGAGACAUUUACACUAGCAAAUGCUCUAGAAGCACCUUUAUUAAAAUAUAAAGAUGACGUUGAGGACAUAUGUAUUAGUGCAGUAAAAGAAACAGACAUAGAACGUAAACUAAAACAAGUGAUUGCUGACUGGGCUGUUGUAAAUUUACAGUUUUCUCAUUUUAAACAAAGAGGAGAGUUAUUGCUUAAAGGAGUUGAAACAGCUGAAAUAAUAUCUCAACUUGAAGACAGUUUGAUGGUGAUCAGUUCUUUAAUGGCAAACCGAUACAAUACAUAUUUCAAGAAAGAUAUUCAAUUAUGGCAAAAGAAAUUAAGUAAUACAUCAGAAAUAUUGUCCACGUGGUUAAUCGUACAAAAUUUAUGGGCCUAUUUAGAAGCUGUAUUCAUCGGUGGUGAUAUAUCAAAGCAACUUCCAGCUGAAGCAAAACGCUUUAAUUCAAUUGAUAAGUCAUGGGUUAAAGUUAUGAAUCGUGCACAUGAUAAACUAAAUGCAGUGGAAACGUGUACAGAAGAUGAAACUAUGGGUCAACUCUUACCUUAUUUGUUAGAACAGUUAGAAUCUUGUCAGAAAUCUCUUAGUGGAUAUCUGGAAACAAAACGUGUUAUAUUUCCAAGAUUUUGUUUCAUAUCUGAUCCAACAUUAUUGGAAAUUCUUGGACAAGCUGCUGAUUGUCAUGCUAUACAAAAUUAUUUAGAUGGUUUCUUUGAUAAUAUUGGAAAGUUGGAAUUUUCUGAAAAGGAAUAUGAAAAUAUUAUAGCAAUGUAUUCUCGCGAAAAAGAGAAAAUCGUACUUGAAAAAGUAGUUGUAUGUUUAGGUGGUGUAGAAAAUUGGUUAAAUAUGUUACUAUCUGUACAUCAAUUGUCGGUUGCCGCUGUAAUUGCACAAGGAAUGAGUUUGUUAAAUACUCCUGAUUUUGAUAUAAUAUCAUUGAUAGAUAAUUCUGUAUUGCAAGUUGCAUUGCUUGCAAUUCAAGUUAUAUGGACUCGUGAUGCUGAAGCGGCAAUGAAUGCAUCAAGACGAGAUAAAACCAUCAUGCGUAAAACUAACGAGUGGUUUUUGGAUUUAUUAAAUGCUCUAAUAGAAGUAACUGUGAAGGAUCUUACAUCAUAUGCUAGAAAAAAAUAUGAAGCUUUAAUUACAAUUCAUGUACAUCAAAGAGAUAUAUUUGACGAGUUAUAUCAUUUAAAAAUUCGAAAUGUACAAGAUUUUGAGUGGCUGAAGCAAAGUAGAUUCUAUUAUAAUGAUGAUAAGGAACAAAUUCUGAUUAGAAUUACAGAUGUAGAAUUUAUCUAUCAAAAUGAAUUUUUGGGUUGUAGCGAGAGACUCGUUAUUACACCUCUCACAGAUAGAUGUUAUAUAACACUUUCACAAGCCGUUGGUAUGAAUUUUGGUGGUGCACCAGCAGGUCCUGCUGGUACUGGAAAAACAGAAACUACAAAAGAUAUGGGAAAAGCAUUAGGAAAAUACGUUGUCGUAUUUAAUUGUUCUGAUCAAAUGGAUUUUCGUGGUUUAGGUAGAAUAUUUAAAGGAUUGGCACAAGCAGGUAUUUGGGGUUGUUUUGAUGAAUUCAAUCGGAUAGAAUUACCUGUACUUUCUGUUGCUGCUCAACAAAUAGCAAUUGUGCUUAAUGCAAGGAAAGAAAGAAAAACACAUUUUCUUUUUAGUGAUGGUGAAACAUAUAAACUUAAUUACGAAGUUGGAAUAUUUAUUACAAUGAAUCCAGGCUAUGCUGGACGACAAGAAUUACCAGAGAAUUUAAAAAUACAAUUUAGAAGUGUAGCUAUGAUGGUCCCAGAUAGACAAAUAAUUAUGCGCGUCAAACUUGCAGCCUGCGGCUUUUUACAGAAUAUCAUGUUAGCACGGAAAUUUUUUACACUAUAUGCUUUGUGUGAAGAACAGCUUAGUAAACAAGUGCAUUAUGAUUUUGGUUUACGAAAUAUUUUAUCGUGUUUACGAACACUUGGUGCACAAAAGCGUGCACGUCCUAAUGAAUCAGAGGAAACAACGCUAAUGAGAGUACUUCGAGAUAUGAACUUAUCGAAAUUAGUAGAUGAAGAUGAACCUCUGUUUAUAUCACUCAUUGAAGAUAUGUUUCCAGGGAUCAAAUUAACGACACAAACAUAUAAAGAAUUACAGAAAGGAAUAGAAGAUGCUACAGUUGAUUUAGGAAUAAUGAAUCAUCCUGAAUGGAAUUUAAAAACUAUUCAACUCUAUGAAACAUCUUUAGUUCGUCAUGGUCUGAUGGUGCUUGGUCCUACAGGAACUGGAAAAACUCGAUGUAUGUGGGCAUUAAUGAAAGCUCUAACACAAAUGGGUAUAUUUCAUAAAGAAGUUAGAAUGAACCCUAAAGCUAUAACAGCAUCACAAAUGUUUGGUAAAUUGGAUGUUGCAACAAAUGAUUGGACAGAUGGUAUAUUUUCGACAUUAUGGAGAAGAUCUGUUCAAAUGAAAAAAACUGAACAUUUAUGGAUUGUAUUAGACGGACCAGUUGAUGCAGUAUGGAUCGAAAAUUUAAAUUCAGUAUUAGAUGACAAUAAAACCUUAACUUUAGCAAAUGGAGAUCGAAUAAUUAUGUCUUCAACUAGUAAAUUAGUAUUUGAACCAGAUAAUGUUGAUAAUGCAUCACCAGCAACGAUAUCACGCAUGGGAAUGGUCUUCAUUAGUUCUUCUGUAUUAAAAUGGCAUAACAUAUUAGAGGCCUGGCUAAAGACGCGUCCAAAUCAAGAAGUGGACAUAUUACGUUCACUAUUUCGUAAAAUAUAUGAUGAUGCUCUUGUAUUUGUCUUAACAAAGCUUCAGGCAAAGAUGACGCUUUUGGAAGCAAUUUACAUACGUCAAACUACUGAUCUAUUAAAUGGCUUGCUUACAAACAAUGAUAAAAUAUUAAAUAACAUCCAUAUAGAAAAAUUAUUCUUAUUUUCUAUUAUGUGGAGUCUAGGAGCAGUGUUAGAACUUGAUGCACGUUAUGCUUUACAAGAGUUUCUUUUAGCUCAUAAAUCGCAUUGUCAUUGGCCAACUGAAGAUGAAACAAUUUUCGAAUAUUUAGUAUCCGAUCAAGGAUCUUGGAUACAUUGGAAUGAUAUGGUUCCAGAAUUUGAAUAUCCUUCAGAUCAUGUUUUGAAAUAUUAUAAAAUAUUAGUUCCUAAUGUAGAUAAUACAAGAACAUUAUUUUUAAUUGAUAUAAUAGCAAAACAAGAGAAAGCAGUUCUUCUAAUUGGAGAGCAAGGUACUGCAAAAACAGUUAUGAUUAAAAGUUAUAUGUCUAAUUUUGAUUCUGAAUAUCAUCUUCAAAGGUCCUUUAAUUUUUCAUCGGCUUCUACACCCAAUAUGGUUCAGCGUGUAUUUGAAAGUUAUGUUGAAAAACGCGUUGGAAAUACUUACGGACCUCCUAGUGGACGAAAACUUACUGUUUUCAUAGAUGAUAUAAAUAUGCCUGAAAUAAAUGAAUGGGGUGAUCAAAUAACAAAUGAAGUUGUUCGUCAAUUAAUGGAAUAUAAAGGAUUUUAUUCAUUGGACAAACCUGGUGACUUCAGUACGUUACAAGAUAUUAUGAUACUUGCUGCUAUGAUUCAUCCAGGAGGUGGUAGAAACGAUAUACCACCAAGGUUAAAGCGACAAUUUAAUAUUUUUAAUUGUACAUUACCAUCUAAUAAAUCUAUGGAUGCUAUUUUUGGUAAAAUUGGCCAAGGAUACUUUUGCUUGACUAGAUUUUCUGAAGUUAUAGUGAAUUUUAUACCAAAAUUAGUACCUUUAACACGAAUCUUAUGGCAAAAAACCAAAAUAAAAAUGUUGCCCACUCCAGCAAAAUUUCAUUAUGUUUUUAAUUUAAGAGAUUUGUCACGUAUUUGGGAAGGUAUUCUUAAAAUUGAAAGGGCCGAAUGUGAAACUAUUACAACAUUAUUAAAACUUUGGGAUCACGAAUGCUCUCGUGUAAUAUCUGAUAGAUUUAUAACGGCUGAAGAUAAUAAAUGGUUUCAUAAUGCAUUAAAGCAAACUGCAGAAGAAAUUUUGGAUACAGAAUUUCGAUAUUAUGAAGAUGUAGAAACAUAUUUUGUUAAUUUUUUACGCGAUCCUCCAGAACCAACAGGAGAUGAACCAGAGGAUUUUGUCUUUGAAGCACCAAAAAUUUAUGAGGAGAUACCAAGCUAUAAAGUAGUUAUAAAAAGAGUUAAGCAAAAUAUGGAACAGUUUAAUGAAUACAUACGUGGAAUACAUCUUGAUUUAGUUUUAUUCCAUGAUGCUCUUGUACAUUUAAUACGGAUAUCAAGAAUACUUGGAUCGCCAAGGAGUCAUGCAAUGCUAGUAGGUGUUGGAGGAUCUGGUAAACAAAGUUUAACAAGAUUAGCUUCCUUCAUUGCAGGUUUCACAUUUUUUCAAAUAACUUUAUCUAGAAUCUAUAAUGUGGCAAGUUUAAUGGACGAUUUAAAAAAAUUGUAUCGUGAAGCUGGUACUGUUAGCAAAGGAUUGACAUUUAUAUUUACUGAUAAUGAGAUCAAAGAUGAAGCUUUUCUGGAGUAUAUAAAUAAUAUUUUAAGUGUAGGCGAGAUUGCCGGUUUAUUUCCUAAAGAUGAAUUAGAUGAUAUUUAUACAAUAGUAACACCACUUAUGAGAAAAGAUGAUCCUAAAAGACCUCCACUACAGGAUAAUCUUCAUGAUUAUUUUAUAACACGAGCACGAGAUAACCUGCACAUAGUUUUAUGUUUUUCACCAGUUGGAGAAAAAUUUAGAUUACGUGCAUUGAAAUUUCCUGCACUCAUAUCUGGCUGUACAAUGAAUUGGUUUAGUAAAUGGCCAAAAGAUGCAUUAUAUCAAGUAGGUGAACAUGUUUUGAAUCCGUUCGAAAUUCAGUGUACUUCUGAAGUAAAGCAACAAUUAAUUCAAGUAAUGGGUGAUAUUCAAGAUGAUGUUAAUGAUAUUUGUAUAGAAUAUUUCAAUAGGUUUCGGCGGCAAACAUACGUCACACCAAAGUCAUUUCUAGUAUUUCUUAAUGGUUAUAAAGAGAUUUAUGAACAAAAUUUGAAUAAUAUUAAUAUGCUUGCUGUUCGUAUGAGUAAUGGUUUAAGCAAGUUAGUUGAUGCUGCUAUACAAGUUGAUGAAUUACGUAAAAUAUUAGAGAAAAAUCUACAAGAAAUCGCUCAAAAAAAUAUUCAAGUGGAAGCUAUAGUAAUCACUGUUAAUGAGAAGAAAAGUGAAGCAGAAACAGUUAAAGCAACAGUACAGAUAACAAAAAAUCAAGCUGAAGCACUAUUGAAGGUGAUUGCUGCAGAUAAAUUAGUAGCAGAAAAAAAAUUGAAAGCUGCAGAACCAGCAUUAUUAGAAGCUGAAGCUGCAUUGCAGACUAUAAAAGCAUCCGAUAUUGCCACUGUACGUAAAUUAGCCAAACCGCCCUAUUUAAUUACUUUGAUUAUGGAUUGUGUGUUGAUAUUAUUUGGAAAAAAAUUAGAACAUGUUAAGCCAGAUCCAGAACGUCAAUUUUUAGUAGCCUCUUGGACUGAAGCUUUUAAAGUUAUGACUGAUACUAGAUUUUUAUACAACUUGCAACAAUUUCCUAAAGAUAAUAUUAAUGGAGAAAUUGUAGAUUUAAUGUAUCCAUAUUUAAAUUACCCUUUAUAUACAUAUGAAGCUGCAAAGCAGGCCUGUGGUAAUGUAGCUGGUCUAAUACAAUGGACUAUUGCAAUGGUAGCUUUUUAUGGAAUAAAUAAAGAUGUACUUCCAUUAAAGGCAAAUUUGGCCAUACAAGAAGGAAAGUAUGAAAGAGCUAAUCGAAAUUUACGUCAAGCAGAAGCUUUAUUAAAAGAAAAAGAUGAAGACUUAAGACAAGUGCAGAAAGAAUAUGAUGCUGUGAUGCAAGAAAGACAGAUAAUAGUUGAUCAAGCUGAAGCAUAUCAAGCAAAAACUGAUACAGCAACUGCUAUGAUUGAAGGAUUGUCUGGUGAAAGAGUACGAUGGACGGAACAAGUAGCUUUGUUUAAAUCAGAAAUCGAACGACUCGUUGGAGAUGUUGUAAUAUUAACUGGAUUUCUUUCUUAUUGUGGUCCAUUUAAUCAAGAAAUUCGUGUUUUACUACAGCGAAAGUGGUUUGAUUUUCUUCGGGAUAAAGACAUUCCAUGUUCUAAGACUAUAAACAUUGUUGAUGUGUUGACUGAUACAGCAACGAUAGGAGAAUGGAAUUUGCAAGGUUUACCCACUGAUGAAUUAUCUAUUCAAAAUGGUAUAAUUGUAACAAAAGCAAUUAGAUAUCCACUUUUAAUUGAUCCACAGUUACAAGGUAAAACAUGGAUUAAAAAUAAAGAAAAGGAUUUUGAGUUACAAAUAACACUCUUAUCUCAUAAAUACUUCAGAAACCAUUUAGAAGAUUCUGUUUCCCUUGGACGACCAUUACUUAUUGAGGAUGUAGCAGAAGAAUUAGAUCCUGUUUUAGACAACUUAUUGGAAAAAAAUUUUAUAAAGAUAGGAACUACAUAUAAAGUUAAAUUAGGUGAUAAGGAAGUAGAUAUUAGCAAAGAUUUUAGACUUUACAUUACAACAAAGUUCCCAAAUCCUUCAUAUAAUCCAGAAGUAUUUGCACGUGUUUCAGUAAUCGAUUUUACUGUAACAAUGAAAGGCUUAGAAGAUCAAUUAUUAGGAAGAGUUAUUUUAACGGAAGAGGAAGAAUUAGAGACUGAAAGAGUACAGCUAAUUGCAGAUGUAACUGCUAAUAGAAGAAAUAUUAAAGAAUUGGAAGCAAAUCUUUUACACAAAUUAACAACAGUUCAGGGUCCCUUGAUCGAAGAUGUAGAGUUAAUGACGGUAUUAAAUACAACAAAACAAACUGCUGCAGAAGUCAAUGAGAAAUUAAAUAUUGCAAGAGAAACAGAAAUUAAAAUAGAUGCAGCUCGUGAAGAGUACAGACCGAUUGCUACUCGAGGAAGUGUUUUAUACUUUUUAAUCUGUGAUAUGGCACAUGUUAAUUCUAUGUAUCAAACAUCUCUCGUACAGUUCUUGGAACGUUUUGAUAUUUCAAUGGCACGAUCUGAAAAGAGUCCUGUUAUUCAUAAAAGAAUUCAUCAUGUUAUAGAAUAUCUAACAUAUGAAGUGUUUAAAUACAAAGCUCGGGGUUUAUAUGAAAUACACAAAUAUAUGUUCAGUUUAUUAAUGACAUUGAAAAUUGAUCUUCAACGUGGAAAUAUAUCUCAUGAAGAAUUUGAAUUCUUUAUUAAGGGUGGUGCAGCUUUAGAUUUAAAGACUGUUCAACCAAAACCUUGCAAGUGGAUUACAGACGUAACAUGGUUACAUUUAGUUGCACUAUCAGAUUUGAAACAGUUUCAGUAUAUAUUAACACAAGUACCAGCUUCUGAAAAACUUUGGAAGCUUUGGUUUGAUAAAGAUACUCCAGAAGAAGAAAUUAUACCGGAUGGUUAUAAUAAUUUAGACACGUUUCGCCGCUUACUCAUUAUAAGAGCAUGGUGCAUGGAUCGAACUCUUUCACAAUCUCGUAAAUAUAUAGCAAGUUCUUUAGGUAUGCGAUAUGCAGAAGCAGUUAUUACACUUUUGGAUGUAAUGCAUAGUGAAUCACGACCUGAUACACCCAUGGUCUGUUUCCUGAGUAUGGGAUCAGAUCCUAGUCCAAGUAUUGAACAAUUAGCAAAAAAUAUGGAAAUUUUAUGCAAAAGUAUUUCGAUGGGACAAGGUCAAGAAGUGCAUGCUCGAAAAUUGCUCAAUAGCGCUGUAACCGAUGGUUUUUGGGUACUCUGUCAAAAUUGUCAUUUAGGUCUAGAUUAUAUGAACGAAAUGGUUAUUUUUAUUUUGGAAAUGCAAUCUCCUCAUCCUGAUUUUCGUAUAUGGAUUACAACAGAACCACAUCCAAAUUUCCCUAUUUCUCUUUUACAAAUGUCUAUCAAGUUUACAUAUGAGCCGCCACAAGGAGUAAAAGCAGGUUUAACAGCUACAUACAGUGGAAUGAAUCAAAUAAUGUUAGAUCAAUGUGAUGUUCCUCAAUACAUACCGUUAAUAUAUGCAGUGUCAUUUUUGCAUACUGUAGUACAAGAAAGACGUAAGUUCGGCCCACUUGGAUGGAAUAUACCUUAUGAAUUUAAUACUGCUGAUUGGUUAGCAUCUUGUAUGUUCAUGAACAAUCAUUUGAAUGAUUUUGAUCCUAAACGUGGUAUAAGCUGGCAAACCGUUAGGUAUAUGAUAGGUGAAGUACAAUACGGAGGUCGGGUCACAGAUGAUUAUGAUAAACGGUUAUUGAAUACAUUUGCAAAAGUGUGGUUUUUAGAUGCACUCUUUAAUGAAGAUUUUGAAUUUUAUAAAGGUUAUCCAGUAUUAAACUAUAACAAUAUUGCUGAAUAUUUAAAGGUAAUAGACUCUAUGGUAUCAAUAGAUCCUCCACAAGUUUAUGGACUUCAUUCAAAUGCAGAUAUUACAUAUCAAAGUAAUACUACACAAGCUGUGUUAGAUACUAUAAUAUCUAUUCAACCAAAAGAAGCUGGCGUGGGUAGUGGUGAAUCUCGAGAAAUGGUUGUAACUAGACAAGCAAAAGAUAUGUUGGAUAAAUUACCAACACCAUAUGAUUUUUUUGUAGUUAAGGAAAGACUAAAUAUAAUGGGUAUAACUCAACCUAUGAACAUCUUUUUGAAGCAAGAGAUAGAUAGAAUAAAUGUUGUCAUUGUAUUAUUAAUCACUAUGCUAAAUGAUCUAUUGUUAGCUAUAGAAGGUGUGAUAAUUAUGAAUGAGCAAUUAAGAGAUACUUUCGAUAAUAUAUACGAUGCAAGAAUACCUGAUGUUUGGAGAGUUCGAUCAUGGGAAUCUUCGACGCUUGGCUUUUGGUUCACAGAAUUAUUGGAACGAAAUCAACAAUUUUCUACUUGGUUAUUUACUGGUAGACCUAUGAGAUUUUGGAUGACCGGAUUUUUUAAUCCUCAAGGAUUCUUGACGGCUAUGAGGCAAGAAGUAACACGUGGUCACGAGGGUUGGGCAUUAGAUAACGUAACUUUGCAUAAUUCUAUUAUGCGUUAUUAUGCCGAAGAUAUUAAAUCUCCACCAGAUGAAGGUGUGUAUGUUAUUGGACUAAUUUUAGAAGGUGCUGGAUGGGAUAGAAGAAAUAAUAUGCUUUGUGAAUCAGCAAAUAAAGUUCUCUAUGUGAAUAUGCCAGUUGUUUAUAUUUUUGCCCUUUAUAAUAAACCAGACAAAGAUCCCAAAUUAUAUGAAUGUCCUCUGUAUAAGAAGCCACAAAGAACUUAUAAUCUCUUGGUUACACCACUUUGGCUGCAGACCAACAAACCCCCUGAACAUUGGAUUUUACGUGGAGUAGCUUUACUUUGUGAUAAUAAAUAAUGAAAAAUUAUAUGAUUACUAGUGGUAUUAAUAAAUUAAUGGUAUUAAUAAUAAUAGUAUUAAUAAUCAAUUAAAUUAUAUUAAUAAAUUGUGCCAUUAUUUGACAAUUAUUUGAUUAUAUUUAAUAUAAAGACUUCCACUACAUUGUUUCGCGCUUUCUAAUUCUAUGGUCAUUAAUACAAAAGAUUUCCAAGAGAAAGAGGGAAAUUUGGGAAUGAUCAUACUCAAAUCUAUUUGCUCUUAUAAUAUUCAUACAUUUUAGUUGUCUCGUACUCUUUUUUUCUCUCUUUUUAUCUCUUUUUCUUGUCUAUUAUAUCUUCGA